CUAUAAAAGCCUCUCAUAGCAUUAUCUGAAACAUUGCUUCAGAGUUCCAAGGCACGCACACGAACGCUUCUCUUAAUUAUCUCUCUCUGUCUUUGUCGUCUCUCUCAGUAGUCUCAGCGUGUUCAGAGGGUUCAAACAGAAAACACAGAGCAGGAAGAAGAAAGAGUAGGGUUUGGUGGUCUUCACUCUUCAGGUCUAUACAACAUUACACAUACACAUAUAUAUACAUAGGGGGAGAGAGAGAGAGAUGAACAGUGGAAGCAGAGUGAGACCAGGUUCAAAGAAGAAGGUAUCAUCAUGCAGAAGGCUUGGAGGGUACCUGAGAGAGCAGAAAGGAAGGCUAUACAUUAUCAGAAGAUGCGUCGUCAUGCUUCUCUGCUGGCAUGACUGAUCAUGAAAAGCAAAAUGUUUCUUUGACUUAAUUUCUUUUAUAUGUGAAUAGCAGAUCGAAAAGCAAUGUUUAAGGAUGAUUACUUUAGUUUCCUCAAGCUUUUUAAUUAAUUACUUGUUUUCUCCCAUGGAAAAAGCCUUUUAGUUAGUAUUGAGAGUUCUUUAGUUUAAUUUCCAUUAUUAUAUCUUCUGCAGAAGGA